AUGUGGAGGCAUACCGCAUUCUCCAUUCUCCCCUUGACCGUGAUGCUGCUCGUUCUUCUUCUUGCUGCUGUUGUUGGCACUGCCGCUGGCUCUUCUCGUCCGUGUCUCAGUGGCAUCACCGCCGCCUGCGCAGGAACAAAGAAUGGCGCACGCGGUGUAGCGUCAAGGUUAAUCUCCAAGCGCACGGCUGAAACAUACGGCUGCACCCCGGCUCUCGUCGAUGCGACGCUGUUGUUUUCUCAUCCAUACUUGCGCCUGCGUUGCGAAUCAAGUUGCUCUUCGCACUGCCCUCCUUCAACCUCUGCUCGGAGACUGGGCCACUUCGACCCCACCGCGCCUUGUCCAGUCCGCUGCGCCUGGUAUCAUCACCAGAUGCGAUACAGCUAUGAAACAUGCGACGCAUGUCAGAGCCCGAUCGCUGAGCACCUUUGCUCUUUUUCUCCGGAGGCCGACAUGGAUAGCCUUGGUCUCGACGGCAGCCCGCUGGUACCUGUUGCUUGA